AUGUCAUUUUUAAACAAGUUUAAGAAGGAAUUUGAAGGGCUCAACUUGGGGAGCCAGCAGGGAGGCGCUCCUCCUCCAGUACCCGAUGCUCAUAACCCGAAUUACCAACAAUACGGGAGCAAUUCCUAUCAAGGACAGCAGAGUUAUCAAGGAAAUGCACCAUCUCCGUCUCCAUAUGGCGCACCGCAACAGUCAUACAAUUCAGGACAACCGCAGCAGAAUCCGGGCUUCCAAGCUUACACCGGCCCGCCAUACAAUGGUCACUCCUCUUUCAGUGGACAGCAGCCUGGAUAUCAACCACCACAGCAGCAGUCACACCAACCGCCACCACAACAACAACAGCCUCAACAGCAGUACUCAGGCCAUCAUCAAUCGUACAGUCCUCAACCACCCCCGUACAACCCUUCAACACAAACACCGCAACAGCCACAGCAUCAACCAUGGUCACCGCCGCCCGCUUCAAUGACAAGCCCACCAAGCGUGCACCCGCCGGUCGCAGCGACAUCAUACGGUGCCGCUCCAUCAAUUACCUCUCCAUGUCCGACACCACCACGCUGGAUUGCACACUGGUCGGAGAAGGACCAACAAUGGUACUACGUUGAAACAUCAGGCAGAAGCACAUGGCAAGCGCCAUCUGAUCUUCCUCCACUGGCAGCCAUGCCCGCUUUCCCAGGCAGUCUGCAUACAGCGAACAGAGGACCACAACAGCCACAGUACGUAAACCCGCAAGACUCACGACCAAGUCUACCCGAGGGUGGGAAGAAGUCGUCCUCUCUUCUUGCGGCAGCUGGUGGCUUCACUGCGGGUGGCGUAGCUGGCUUCUUCGUCAAGGACCGCAUCGACAAACGCAAAGCAAAGAAGCGCCACGGAAAAGGCACAGAAGACUUCGCCGACUUCGUCGAAUACCCCGCCUGGGACGUCGGUCUCGAUUGCAACGUCUGCGACCAAGCCAUCAGCGGUCCCUACGCGCACUGCAAGAAAUGCGACGGCGGCGACUACGACAUUUGUCGCGAUUGUCUUGCGCAGGGACAGACAUGCGAUGGCAAGGGAAAACAUAGCCUUGUCAAGGUGUAUCCCAAGUAUUACUGCGAUAUCUGCAACGUCUUGAUCAAGGGCGAGUUUUACUACUGCGCUAUCUGCAAUGAUGGCGAUUGGGAUACGUGUAGGAGGUGUUUUGACAAAGGAUAUACUUGUAAGGCGGCGGAGUGUGGAGGACGGCAUGACAUGACGAAUUUGUAUAUUCCGGAUGUCAAGUUUAAGAAGAGUGGAAAGGUCGAUACGAGUAGUAGUAGUUCGGAUUCUGAUUAG